AAUAAGACUCUAACAUUUUACGUCUCGUCAAUAUUUACAUUAUUCCCAUUCUUAUCACCUCUCUACACACAAACUGAAAAGCGGAGAGAGUAAUGCCGACAAAGGUUGAUAAAACAAAAUCUCCUCAGUAGAUAUUUUAAUCUGCCGCAGUUCUGCCGGUUGUCUCCUUUCCGCUCCUAAGUUAAUCAUUUGGAUCGAUUUCAAAUCACCUGUUCAGGUAAAUCCACUGAAAUUACACCAAUGCUUUCGAAGUUGAUUGACGAGUUCCACUCGGCUAGUCCGUCGAAAAAGGCUCUCCUGGUGGCAGCUGGGGUGGGCCUAAUAACGGCUACCGCCUUCGGCGCUUACUACGCGAAGAAGCGAAUCCACAACACCCCGCCCAAGGUGUGGCACAAGGCCGGAGAAAUCAACGAAAUAUACGUAUAUCCGAUCAAAUCAUGCGCACCGGUAAAAGUUAGCCGGGUCGAUUGCUCCAUUCUGGGGCCCCAACGGAAUCUGCUUCGGGAUCGAAUCUUCAUGGUGACGAGUCUGGAGGGAAAAUGGAUAACGGCAAGGCAGAAACCGAAGCUCGUUUUGAUUCAUCCACAAUUCGACGAUGCGUUCGAACGAUUGACUCUUUCCGCGCCUGGUAUGGACGACAUUUCAAUCCAGGUACGGAGUUUGUACGACCAGCAGACCACCGACAGUGUGGUGUGGGGUGAGUCAGUUCCAACGGUGGAUUGCGGCGACGAAGUGGCGAAAUGGUUGUCGAGAUAUCUGCUGGAUAAGAGCGAGGGAUAUCGGUUAGUGUUCUAUCCGCUGAAUGAGACCAGCAGGAAAAAUGCCAGCUCGGAUUCGGGCGCUCUGCAUGACGAGACCAGCUAUAUGUUGUUCAAUUCCGCUACCGUGGAAGACCUGAAUGGGAGACUGGAACAAAAGGUGACACCGCUCCAUUUCAGACCGAACUUUGUAGUCAAAGGUCCACCAGCGUUUGCCGAGGAUAACUGGCGAUGGGUUAAAAUAGGAAAUGUGGUGUUCAAGUAUGUUAGACCAUGUUUAAGAUGUGUUUUCACCACUAUCAACCCGAUGAAUGGCGUCAAACAUCCCGAGGGACAGCCGUUGGCCACGUUGAAACAAUAUCGGAUCAACCCAAAGUAUGGUAAAGACCCUGCCUUUGGAAUACAUCUCGGAGUGAGAACAGGCGGAGAAGUCAGCCUCGGCGACUCGGUGUAUUAUGGAUAAGGGAGGUCACAUUUCGGAUAGAGCGGCCAUUUUUAACGAAAAAAAAAACAAGAUAGAUAAAAUGAUAUAAUUCGACAAAUGCUUUUUCUAUGUUGCUUAAAAAAGCAGAAAUAAAAAAAAUACUUUUUGCAAUUCCCUUCUUUCUUCUUAAUAUCUAGACAAAACUGCGAGUUUCUACGCCACCGCCUUCUCGAGAGGCCUUAGCGCAGAUGCUAGAACCCAACGUAAACUGUUUCGCCGAGACGCACGGUGCCUUCCCUGCGGACGCCCAUCUGCAUUCCCAGCACGGGAGAGUUUCCGAGACCAGGUUUCUUGCGAUAGCUAAAAUGGUGAAUAGGUUGAAAUUUCAUUUUUUGAAAAAGGGAAUAACGAAGCAUACGUUUUAAGCAUGUUCAGUGGUUCACUGUUGGGACUGGGGAUGCCCGUUUCGGGGUCGACGUUUGUGAAAAUGCAUCUAAAAUUGUAGUAAAUAAUUAUGUUCUGUUCCAGAUGAAAUUACGAUUAUGAAAGUUACCAUUUAGAUUCAUGCGCGCAUUAGAAAGAUAGAAUUUUGGAUUUAGAAUAGGAUA